AUGGCAGACGACCCUGGCCACAAAGCUAUGUUGUAUUUUCUGGAGAUUCUCAUGUACAGCAAUGCUCCAAUGAGCAUUAGCCAGCUCGCUGGUCGCUUUGGAAGCCGCAACUUCACAUCCGAGAUGCGACAAAGUGCUGGUGGAAAUGAAGCUGGUUUAAAGAAGUUCCUUUUGAAGUACCCAUCCCUAUUUUCUGUCAAUGGUAACCUCGUCAGCCUGAACGACGGUUCUGCCCUUGGGGGAAAUUUUCGCGAGAACAGCCCUGCCUCUUCCUCGGGUCACUCUUGUCUGCCUGAUGUCUCUAUGGAAACUGAGGCGGUUCAGUUUUUCAGAGGGAAAAUUUUGAAGAAAGGCGACAAGUGGAUGCCCGUGAAGAGUUUGGCAGGGCAUCUGUCUCAAGCUUCUCCUGAAAUUCGAGAGUGCGUAGGACCACAAAAUGAAUUUUUGUCCUUUUUACUGAAGCACCCGCUGAUUUUUGAGGUCAAAGAUGAGUGUGUAUGCCUGAAGGACAAUAUCCGUUGCAACGCUGCUGAUAGUGACUCCUCUUCAGAACCUCCACCGAUACCUAAUGCCACACCAAAGAUCAAACGCCGUCCAAAGUCUCAGGAUGUAUCUGAUGUACCAAGACAGUCUACUGGUCGUACUGUGACAGUUACUCCUGCGCCUGCUCCUUCAGUAACAAAUAAAGCGGGACCUGUUACCAUGACUGCCAAUGAAUACAAAGCAGUCAUGUUUAUUAAGAGCAUAAUUCAAAAGAAGGGAGAUAUGAAAGUCAACAGCCUAUCUGGGCAUUUCAGCCAAGCACCAGAGAGUCUUCGAAAUACUAUAGGCUGGAGUAAGCCAGAAUUGCACGAGUUCAUUUCAGAGCAUGAUAACAUUUUCACUGUUGAUGAAGACGAAGUUGUCUCUGUAAUUAAAAACACCAGAUUGAAUGUUAUCAUCACAGGUAGUCGACCACAUGCCCAAAUGAAACCAUCUGUGAGUGGACGGAAGGGUCAGAUCUUCCAUGUGGCCAAACUGUGGGGCAUUAUUGACCUUGGCAUGCAUGAACAUGUAUUCAUUGACCGGACAAUUUUCGGAAAAAAUAUUGACGAUCUUAACAAGUUGCUGAAGAUUGGAGAAUGGGUGUAUUUUGAUGCUGUUCCUGCCCCAAAAGGCAGCCGAGCCCGAUGGAAAGCCACCAAAGUCUGGAAAGAAAACGAGUCUAUUGAGGAACUGAUAGAGAAAGUUGCUGCUAAACUUGAUCUUCCAUUAGAUGGAGUAUCCCGAGAACCUCAAGUUCCUUUAGGUAAUAUGAAUGAUGAGAUCAGAAAGAUUUACCCAGACUUGGACGACAGUACAUUUUCUAACACAACACCUCUCAGCAUAGGAGGAAUCAAGUACUCCUUCCAGGAUGCAGCUCCCAGCGGAGCAGGGGUGGUGCCUGUGUGGAAUUUUCAUCACGUGGAGCUAGAGGGCAUGAAAGAUGUGGAUGAGUUAAACUUUAGCGAUGAUGAAGGUGAGCUGUCUCCUCAAGUGUCCAUGGUUGCCGAGAGACAGUACAUGAAUCGGUCUGUCUUGCAGGACAGUGCCAAACCACCACUGAAUAAAAGCAACAGCUCUGAGGCUUUGAGGAAUGGCUCAGAGUCUGAAGAUGUUAAGUUUGUAACAGUCGGGUGCCAAACUAUAGUAACAGGAGAUGUACUGGCCACCCAGCUUUUUCACGAAGAUUUGUAG